GCGACUUCCUCGUUAUUUCUCGCAGGUAUCACACUCCCUUCGUCGCCAGAACAAUCCUUCCGGAUUAAACAACAACAAAAGAAAGAAAAAAAGAGAAAAAAAAAUUGUUUUCGACGUGCACUCCACUCGAUGUGAAAAGAGCGCGAGACAAAACAAGCGAAAUGGGAGCGUUCAGGGUGCUGUUGGGGAGUUUACAUUACAUGGGACUCUACAUGCAACUUAGUGUCUCCACGAGGCAAGCUGGACACGGCGAGAUAGAGAAUCACAUCUCUGGGAACGCCAUGUUCACAGAGGUGCCUCACGAUAUGACUGCCCAAAGAGGUCAGGAUGUGGAGAUGGCCUGCUCAUUCAGAGGAGCAGGAACCCCUUCCUAUGCACUGGAAAUCCAGUGGUGGUACAUCAGGAACCAUCUUGACUGGACCCACAGGCAGCCCUGGACAACUAAUGAAGUGGCUCCUGAGGAGGAGAUGGCAAAGGAUGCUACAAAGAUAAGUGUUGUGAAGGUUGUAGGAAGCAACAUCUCCCACAAACUCCGCCUCUCCCGAGUCAAGCCGUCUGACGAGGGCACGUACGAGUGCCGCGUCAUCGACUUCAGCGACAUCGAGGGCGCGCGUCACCACCGCGUCAGAGCCUACCUGCAGGUGGUGCCGGAGAGCGACGUCAUCAGGGGCAACCCCAGCAACAACUUCGAGGCCAUGGACGACACCAAGAGAGGAGUGGGAUUCUCUGACGGGGACGACGGGGAGUCUCUCGGUGGCACCAAAGAGCACGCUCACGGCCAUCAUCAGAAUCACGGGCACCACCAGGAGCAUGGCAAGCGCUCUUCUUCACCUGCCCACCACAGCCACGGCAGCAGCAGCAGCAGCAGUCAGCAACACAAGGCGGGCAGAGAGCUGAGGAAGAGGGACGUGGACAGUAACCACAGUAGCCACAAUGACUGCACCAACGAACCGAGCUGUGCGCUGUAGAUGGCAUUACACAAGGAUUGCAUAAUAUGAUGUGUGUCACAGCAUAAAAAAGCUACUCUUCCCACACAGUGCAGGCCUGUGCACAAAUCCAGAAUCUCUAGAAAAUGUCCAGUAUGGCUUAUUCUAAGCACAGGGCCGCAAACUGUGCAGGGAAUGUAGCUUUUUCUCGCUGUGCAUGGGUCUGGGUUGGACUGCUCACCUGUCUGUAAAGCCUGGCUUCACAGCAUUCAGCAAAAGGGUGGGAAGGGGGAGGGGGGUGCUGAUGUGUAGAUCUAGGCAGCUCCACAGGUUCUGGUCUCAGCACCAAUUAUUUAAAAAAAAAAGAAAAAAAGAGACUUCUGUCUUACUAUUAACCCGUGCUCUGUUCCACUCUUGUACUUUAGAUACUGUAAAAGACACACUCUGCUUUCAUGCUCAUACUUCUUCCACUGCCUUACUCUGUCACUUGAUACACCCUCAGAAAAGAAAGGCUGAUAUUGUACAUUUAUAACUGGGUCUGUCCCCGGUAGAAAAAAAACCCUCCCUUUCAUUCUGAGAGUAUUCUGAAUGAAACUCAGCCUACUUCUUUCCCUGAAAAUCUUUUUCAGCUUCAUUACAUCUUUUUUUUCUCUUCUGUGUGUAUUCAAUAAGUAUACAGCCACACAUCGACAAGUGUUCUCCCUGUGCAGCAGUGCUUAUCCAGCACAGACACAAGUCUUAAAUCACAAGUACAUCGAUAGUUUGAAAAGGGAGAGAUUUUAAAUCAAACCAACAACAACACGGGCUGAAUCCUCCCCGCAGAGCUCUUUUGAGUUUAUGACGCCUCUCUGAAAAUUUGCCUUCCCUCCCUCGUGCUGCAGGUUUGAUCCACUCAUGGCUGUUCACGCUGAGAGAAAUCAAUCAAUCAAAUCGCUCCAUGCAGACCCCAACCAUUGGAAAGCCAUGAAACGGUCAAAUCCCAAUGCCUCUAAAUUAAACAGAUUUGUUGUGCCUCUGAAUCCUGACUAUAAAUACAUAGAAAGAAUAGAUCGUGAUCUUCGUGGAACAAACUUCCCCCGUUUAUGGAGGAGCUGGGCUGUAUUCCUCUCCCAGCUUAGUUCUUUUAUUCCAGUGCUCUGGCCCAGUUCUUAUCAGUCAUUUUAAAAGAAAAAAGCCUCAAUCCUCUCCACUACAAGCCUCUAAACCCACCCUGUGUAUAUGACUGUAAAAUAUGAAUUAAAGCUAGUGCAUGUUCAGUGAUUUUUCUUAAAAAAAAAAAAGACUUUUGCAGCCAACCAAUAAAAACAGUGUUACCUGAGUUUACUUAUAUUGUAAAAAAAACAAAAAAAACAUCAUUCUGUUCCGAGUCCAUAUUUUACUUUUAAAGUCCUUUCAAUGAGAUCUUUUAGUUUUUAAGCAGUUUUCUGUUGCUUUCCUGCUUUCCAAAAGUGCUGUACAGACAGAUGAAUGACACAUUCUCUCCAUAGCUGCUCAGAAAGGGGGGCUCCCCUAAUGUAUCUUAGUACUUCAGCAGUGUUUCUUAAACUACUGUAUUUGCAGGGCAGCAAACAUGAGUGUAAUCACAUAAUAAUGAGCCUGAACAUGUGUGUCUGAAAAGGUCUGAGGGGCCGUUUUACUUCUGCCAUUUUCAAGAAUAAUCUCUUUGCUUAGAUGCUUGUAUGAAACCUCGUCUGUAAAGGUGAAGGGGAGGCUUUCUGGGAUGUAGGUUACUCUGAAGGGAUCAAUUGGGACAAAGUGGACGUGGGUAACACUUUGGAUAAAGCCUUCGGCGGUGAGGGGGUAAAGUAAGAGGAAAUGUUAGUGAAACACUGAAAUCCUCUGCCUCAAAAUAUAUUCUUGGGUUUCAAAGGCCAUGAAUGGUUCAACUUCUUUGGUGUAUUCCUCUCCAGAGGGACAACAGUGCUUCUGUUACUAUGGGCAGACUUUAGGAGGCUGGUUUAAUGGUUUAAAGCAGUGAUCAGCAGAAUUAUUUUUCAACCUGUAAUUUGAUUUGAUGUUUUGUAAAGAAGAGAUCACUGUUGGGGUGAAAAAAGAGGGAAAUGUACAUUUCUUCUAGAAUGUUUGGUCUCUCACUAAG